AUGAACACUCUCCAAGCUCAAGACUUUCCACAGAUUCUGGAAUGCAUCGAGGAUCAGAAGCGAAUGCUUCGCAAUGCCCAAUCCUAUGCUGGGCAACGACCUGCCCGAAAAAAUGAACCAAAGCCAGCAGUGCAGUCCUGGCUCCUUGCAGACCUCCACGUCGUUCAUUCCAGCGCCCUACCCACCCUGUACCCGGCCAUUUUGCGAGCUGGAAAAGUCCUGUUCAACAACCUCGUGCUCGAAACCCAUCACAGAGGCACAUAUCUCCUAGUUCGAGUACUCACCCCUCAGAAUCGAAUGACUGCCGUCAUGGCCAUUGUGGAGGACGAAAAGAGCGAGGUUUUUUUGCUCCAGCUCUAUCAUCAGGUUGAGAUGACGGAAGACAUUCUUGUCCCUGGCGGAAUAUUGAUCAUCAAAGACCCAUACCUGAAGCUCACCGCUGAUGGUCGGCACGGAUUGCGCGUCGACCACGUCUCCGAUGUUGUUUUCCUACUGGCGCAUGACAAACGCGUUCCCUCCUGUUGGCACUCGGAGCUCACGAACCCCCAGCUCAAGAGCGCCGACUUUUGGAAAACAAAGGGAAACGAAUUUUUUGGUCAAUCAAGAUAUCAGGCCGCAGUUGAACAAGCUCUGGAUUCCUCCCCCAGAGCCGAUGAGUGCCACAUCAUCAAGCUCAACCGAUCCCUGGCAUUUCUCAGAACCAACAGCUUUGAUGCAGCUCUUGUGGAUGUCAACUCUGUGUUGGAAGUUGUCAACGGCAAGACCAAGGAGAAAGCUCUGUUUCGCAAAGCCCAGGCACUGUACAGCCUCCAGAGAUAUCGGGAGUGUUGUGAGGCUCUCAAAGCCCUUUGCCUUGACUACCCCGACAAUGCAGCAGCCAAGGUUAAACUCAGCGAGGCAGUGAGUCGGCUUGCUGAACAGACCACCGGUAAAUACCAAUUCAAGAAGCUUCAUGCAGAGGCUGCUCGCCUUCGCCCGCCUCAGCUCGACCAUGCAACAUACAUUGGCCCCGUCGAGAUUCGUCAGUCUGGAUCCCGUGGGAGGAACCUUUUCACCACCAAAGCAGUCAAGACAGGUGAUCUUUUGUUUUGUGAAAAGGCUGGUGAUAAUCUCCUGAUUGACGUCAAUGCCAACUGCUUCACCUCUGGAGCCCAGCCGGAACUCAUCACCAUCCUCGUGCAAAAGCUUUACCGGAAUCCCUCUCUGACUUCUGCGGUCAAGGGCCUCCACUGCGGCUCAUAUUCGCCCGUUCAGGGCACCUUUGACAUCAUUGACGGAAUGCCAGUCAUUGACUCGUUUCUCCUCACCCGCAUCCUCCUCUUGAACAGUUUCGGCUGCAAAUUUCCGGAAAAAGCUGGUGCUCUCAAGCGGCCGGUAGGAAUUGACCGCCUCGGCAACCUAUUUCCCUCGCUGGGUCUUUGGACCUUUGCAUCUCAUAUGAACCAUUCCUGUCUGAGCAACGCCUUCCGCUCCUUCAACGGGGACAUGAUGAUCGUACGUGCGAUUGCGGACAUUCCUGUCGAUGCCGAGAUCACCAUUCAGUACUUGAACCCCUUCAAUCCGCAACAUCAGCAAAAGUAUAUCAUAAACUGGGCUUUUGUCUGCGACUGUGCCAUGUGUGAGGAUGAUGACCACACAAGCGACAUAGUUAUUGCCAAAAGGAAGAGACUGGGAGAGUCACUUCAACAGUUGCUCCGUCUCCUGUCUCGGCGUGGCGGCUCUUCCGGCACUGCGAGCAUUGCAAGCCUGAUUCGCAAGAGCAGCGACCUGCUCGCCGAGAUGGAGGAGACAUACAUCAAGCCCGCGGAGGGGGUGCCGCGCCUGACCCUAUGGGUUGGCUACCGGGACUUCGCGUGCGCAUUAACAUUGACAGGAGCAGGCCUUAGUUCCAACUCCCAAAAGGCGAUCGAGAUUGGCUUGAAGGCUCUGCGAUGCCUGGGGUUUGUGAUCGAGGGUGGAAGUUUGGGGUCAAAUCAAGGGUUGGUUGUGAAAAAAUGGGGGUAUAUGGAGCCCGGAGAGCUUGACUGUUGGAUCUGUCUAAAGACUGCCUAUGACUGUACCGGAUCUCAUGAGCUGGCGCUGGCAGCUGAGGGGUGCGCAAAGGUGUGUUACAGAAUUCAGCUCGGGGAAGCUGAGACUUUUCAGUGA